UCCCCACCUACAAUCCCUACCGAUCUAGGGUUAGCGCGGUGCUCACGGGAAGCACACCACCGCCUCCAUCUCUCUGCCAUCACCGACCCCUACUUCACCAUGGCCGGUGCUGGAUCGAGCUCAUCUGGACAAGCAGAAGGUAGAAACACGAACUAACCUACCCCCCCACACCCCGGUUGCAAGGUUUCUAUUUUGUAUCCUUUUCUUUUCUUUUUUAUACAACUUCUCUUUGCUCUUUGUUUGAGGGGAUUUUCUUGUUUUCACAAACAUUGUCCGCCGAAUUCCCCACAAACCCUCCCUCCGUCUCGCCAGCCGCCGGCCAUGGAGAAGAAAAAGGCAGCGGCGGCGCGAUCCGCUCGCAAGGAGCGAAAGUCCCAUGGAGCCGCGCGGAAGCGGGCGCGGAGUGGCGACUGCGACAUGAAUGCCGGCGAUUUCAUCAGCCGCCUCCCGGACGCUGUCCUGGGCACCAUCAUCUCUUUACUCCCCACCAAGGACGGCGGCCGCACGCAGAUCCUCUCCCGCCGAUGGCGCCACCUAUGGCGCUCUGCUCCUCUCAACCUCGAGGUCAUCAUCGGGCCUCCCGGACCCUGUCCUGGGCACCAUCAUCCCUCCGCGAUCCACCACUCCACCGUCUCCAAGAUAAUCUCCCAACACCUUGGCCCUGCCCGCCGAUUCUGCCUCAAGCACCUGAUCGACGGCAACCUCCCUGAGAUGGAGAGCUGGUUGGACUCCCGAGCCAUCGUCAACCUCCAGGAACUCGACAUCACCAAUUACGCUGGAUAUAAGACCGGCUAUACAUUGCCGCAAUCCGUGUUCCGCUCCGCAUCCACACUUCUCGUUGCAAAGAUAAUGGGUUGCAAUUUCCCGGACGCGAUCACACGCUCCAUGAAUUUCUACCUCCUCAACCAGCUUUCCUUGGAUUGUGUUUCGGUCUCGGGGGAUGUGUUCCAUGGCUUGCUCUCCGGCUGCCAUGCCUUGGAGAGCUUAGCCAUGCUCGAAGUUCAUGCUACUGGUUGCCUCCGUGUUAGCUCGCCAACUCUUAGGAGCAUUGGCUUCCGCAAAGGAUCUCGUAAAAGAGCCGAAUUGGUCCUCGAGGAUACUCCUCGCCUUGAAAGGUUAUUAUUACCGUAUUGUGACCGGAAUAAUUUUGUGACUAUCCGGGUUAUUUGGGUGCCUAAACUGCAGAUAUUUGGGCCUUUCUCAACAGGCGCGUGCGAACUCUGGGUCUUCCAGGGAAUGAGCCCCGUCAGCUCGACAAACUCGAUAUGCACUGUGAAGGUUUGGGCCCUCGGGUGUUCUGAACAUCAAUUGCAUGCAGUUCUUGACGUCCUCACGUGGUUCCCCUGUUUGGAAAAGCUCUAUGUCACAUUUCACGCACACUAUAGGACGUUUAAACAAAAUGAGCAUCAGUAUGACCCACUACAUCCAGUGUGCCUUCAGACCCAUCUAAAGAGAGUGGUGUUUUUUUUGUUGAGAAUCACCGGGGGAGUACAGAAUUACAUAGGCACGGUGCAACGUGCAGAGAGUACAUAGUGGUGUUUAAGUUAUUCAAAGGCUCUAAGCAACAGAUUGAGUUUGUCAUGUUCUUUAUUUUG